AUGCGGUUCCGCUUCGGAGUGGUGGUGUCGCCCGCCGUGGCCGGGGCCGGGCCGGAGCUGCUGGUCGUGGGGUCCCGGCCCGAGCUGGGGCACUGGGAGCCGCGUGGGGCCGUGCGUCUGAGGCCGGCGGGCCCGGCGGCGGGCGCGGGCGCGCUGGCGCUGCAGGAGCCGGGCCUGUGGCUCGGGGAGGUGGAGCUGGCGGCGGAGGCGGCGGCGCAGGACGGGGCGGAGCCGGGCCGCGUGGACACGUUCUGGUACAAGUUCCUGAAGCGCGAGCCGGGAGGAGAGCUCUCCUGGGAAGGCAACGGGCCUCACCAUGACCGUUGCUGUACUUACAAUGAAAACAACUUGGUGGAUGGUGUUUAUUGUCUCCCAAUAGGACACUGGAUCGAGGCCACUGGGCACACCAAUGAGAUGAAGCACACAACGGACUUCUAUUUUAAUAUUGCAGGCCACCAAGCCAUGCAUUAUUCAAGGAUUCUACCAAAUAUCUGGCUGGGUAGCUGCCCUCGCCAAGUGGAACACGUAACCAUCAAACUGAAGCAUGAACUAGGGGUUACAGCUGUAAUGAAUUUCCAGACAGAAUGGGAUAUUGUACAGAAUUCCUCAGGCUGUAACCGCUACCCAGAACCCAUGACACCAGACACUAUGAUUAGGCUGUAUAAGGAGGAAGGCUUGGCCUACAUCUGGAUGCCCACACCGGAUAUGAGCACUGAAGGCCGCGUCCAGAUGCUGCCGCAGGCGGUGUGUCUCCUGCACGCACUGCUGGAGAAGGGACACACGGUGUACGUGCACUGCAACGCCGGCGUGGGGCGCUCCACCGCCGCCGUGUGCGGCUGGCUGCAGUACGUGCUGGGCUGGAGCCGCCGGAAAGUGCAGUAUUUCCUCGUGGCCAAGAGGCCGGCGGUGUACAUUGACGAAGAAGCCCUGGCCCGCGCAGAGGAAGACUUUUAUCAGAAAUUCGGGAGGAUUCGAUCUUCCGUGUGCGGUGUGUAGGGUGAUGAUGGAUCCGCCUCCUUCCCUCCGAGUUUCCUUAGGAAGCCUGGAGUGACGCUAGUUACUGACCUAAAAGCCAAGAUUCUUCCUCGACUGGAAAGACGGGUCCUGUCACCCCCACUCCCUCCACGCCCCCCCACCCCCCGCCCCCGAUCCCGACCCGCCUUCUUUAGUCUGGGGCUGACUUUCGGCUCUGCUUUAGUUGAACUGGAUGUUCUUUGAAAUAUUUUGCAAAGGGUGCUGUGACUGAUUCCGAGAAAAAUCCACGAGCAGUUAGUUGGGCCGUGCAGUGCGGUUCCAGCAUCAGACUGAAAGGGACCGGGCUCAAGUCUGCCGGCAGGCAGAGGGCCCCUGCUGCACGGUCAGUGCUUUGCUGUCUUGUGAACGCACCACUGCGUUGGCUUGUUGCCUUGUGACUUGGCAGGCAGAGGAGAGGUUCGGAAGUUACCUAGAUGUUACACACACGCACACAACUUUUCUGCUGAACUGAAAUGGAAUUGUAAGAAUUGGUCAGUUGGCCAAAGAAGAGAAUAGAGUGGGUGAGAGCCUGGACUAUGAUAAAAGGAGAGCCCCAUAUGGCCCCAAAAGAUGACUUUCUAGCCUUUGUAUUUUUUUUUUUUUUUUUUUUUGCAUCCUACUUCAGAGUUGUUAAAACGUGUUCCAAAGCCUCACCUUCCUUCUGUAUGCACAACCCAGUGCGAUGACCUCAGUAACCUUACUAUCUUUAUGUGUUUUAGCUGAGGCUCUGUGUGCAGAGCUAGGGUGCCCAGGUCUCAAGGCUGGUCAGGGAUGAGCUGGAGUUUAUCACCCAGGUUUAUUUGACUCAGUGUUGUGAAAAGCACACCACCUGUGGUGUUGCCAGCACACUUUAGUGAGUUCAGUCUCUCCCAGUGGAAGGUCAAUUUGUCUGCAGCAGUUUUUACAGUGAGAAAUGGAGCAGUGUUCUAACAGUCACCAUAGAAUUCAGGAAAGUUAGUUAUCCUAAUUUAAACCACAGUGGGCUGUCUCCAGGCCAGAGUGGCCCCAGCCAUACGUCGCUCACAGAGGAGCUGUGUUCUCAGAAGAGCCCCAAGUGCCAAAGUCCAUAGUUAAUUGUUUCACAGAUUAGGGGUGAUCCUGGUUUACCCUCAGUUUAAUGCAAAACAGUUACUGUGCCUCCAGACAGUGCAAUUCACUAUCUGGGGCUCUCUGAGAAAUUCAAAGAUUAAUGAGAGUUUGCCUUCAAAAAGCUCAUAGCCUAGAAGCAUCCCUGUGUUCAAUCAGGUGCACUGCAGGGUUGAACUAGUAAUGAUUGGCUGGUACGGGAAAGGGGAAAUAAUUUUUAUUGGGUGCCUCUUAUGUGCUGGAUGCUUUACAAUCUUAUGUAAUGUGAUCUUCAUGGUACCCCAUGUGAAAGGUUUUUAUUAUCUCUCUUAUAGAGAUGAGGAAACUAAGACUCACAGAGAUGAAAUCAACUGUCCUCAGUCAUGUGGUGAAUAAAUAGAUGAAAUAUGA